AAUUCCUACGUUCUUGGAAAAUCCACAAAGAAGGAAUUCAUCACAAAUCUAUUAUCAGUUAAUCAAUCUCGAUUUCAAAUCAUCAACAACUGAUAGUUAAAAAGAAUUUUUGUGUUGGGGGAAAUCUUUCGAUACGAGUUUUCUUUUCGGGAAAAGAAAGACUCCUGCAGGUACGUAUGGAUCUAUUGAUUGAGAGAUGAUUUAAGUUAUGAUUUUGAAGUUAGGGUUUGAAUUUGGCUGUGUGAUCCUGCUGUUUAUUUUGAUUUUUUGAAUUAGAUUGGGAAAAAAGGUGAAAUUUGAGGGUUUGAUAUGGAAUGUUAAUAUUGAACAGAGAUUUUUUGUGUCAGGAGCAGUUGAGAUUAAGUCAGUUUGUGUGAAUAAGUCAACUGAGGAGGUACAAAGAUGUCUUUGUAUGGAGAAUCGUCAUCCAGCAACAAAGUUAUGAAGAAAACCACAUAUUUCACAUAAGAUAUCUGGCUUCAAAUCUUCCCUCAUUUUCCUAUCAAACUCAUUUCUAAGUUCAAAUGUGUCUCCAAGGUAUAGAAUUCGCACCUCUCCGGUCCUAAAUUUCAACUCCUAUGGAUGCUAAUUCACAUAUAUAAACAAAAAGCUUUUAGAAAGUUGUCAAUUGCAUAUCUUGGCGAUUCUCAUUCUCAGUUAAUUUCUAAGUUUUCUUUUGAAUUUGUACCAAAUUCAAACAGUAGCGAAAGUACAUUGUAUCUCUUAGGAUCAAGUAAUGGGUUAAUUCUAUGCUCUAAAAAUACAACUCAUUUUGUUUGUAAUCCACUUACUGAAAAGUGGAUUCAACUUCCUCCUACACCACAUCAAUUUGAUAUAGAAAAACAUGAAACUCUAACUGGUUUCGAAUGCGACUGUUCUGCCUUACCCACAAGAUUCAAGGUUGUGCGUAUAACAUCGUGGCAAGAGGAAGUAAACAAAUUUAACAUUCAAGUAUUUUCUUCUGAUUUGGGUAGAUGGAGUUUCUAUGAGGUUUUCUGCCCUGUUGGUGAGACUUUGACAUUCCCUGUAUAUGGGUCUUUGAGAUUCCCUCCACGUGGCGCCGAUAGGUUACCCACUGAUGCUGUAAUUAUCCAUAGAAAUGUGUUGUACUGGAUGGGCUGGUAUGGUAGAAUUGUAGUGUACAAUCUGGACGAAAUGAAUUGUGAAUUUAGGUUGAUUGAGCUGCCUGACAGGGGAGUUUGUUUCACUCGGUGUCUUGGGGUAUCAAACGGAUCCAUCUUUUAUGCUCGAUUAAAAAGAACUGAAGAGACUUUGUGUGUCUUUGUACUCCAGGAGGGGAACUUCCAUUUGUUGCAUGGCAGUAUUGAUUUACAUGAUCUCUUCGCUGAAAUGAAUACCAAAUUAACUGCAAAUCUCGGUAUUAGAUGGGCUGACCUAAUUAAAGUUUUUGGCUUCAACCCAGUGGACAGUAAUGUUGUUACAAUCGGCUGCAGAAACUAUAUUUGGGCAUACAAUAUUGAAACCAGAAAAUAUGAUGAGCUCUGUCAUCCCUCUUCUCCCGGUAACGAACAUUCAGCUGCUGAUUUUGUCUACUUACCGCUAUUGCUUAAGCCAAUGCCAACCGUACUUCCACCCCGGUCUUGUCUGGCGUUAACAAUGCAUUUCUACAUUGUGAUCUUGAGGAAGAGCUACAUGGCUCAGCCUUCUGGCUUUAUAUAUCCUGGUAUGUAUGUAAAUUGCAUAAGUCCUUUUAUGGACUUAAGCAAGCUCUAAGAACCUGGCAUGCUAAACUGGUUGAUAUCUUUAUCUAAUUUUUGUUGCUUCUAAAGCUAUCUCAUCCUUAUUUGUGCAGAAAGUAGGACCUAGAAUCAUCAUUCUAUUAGUGUAUAUAUGUUAACGAUAUUAUUGUGACACCUCAAAUUCUAUUUACUGGCAUUUCGUCACCACUACUUUGGGAAUUUUUUUCCAGUUAAAUAAAAAUUUGGGUGCGCCCUGUUAUAUUUUCUGAGACUUGAGGUGUCGUGGCCUUUAUUUUUGUCAAACUAAGUACGUACUAUCUUGACUUUCUCACUAAGAUGAACAUGGUUCGGUUCAAACCUUGUGAUGCUAACUUUAAGCUCAGUUCUAUUGAUGGUGAGAUUUUUGCUGAUUUAACUGAGUACAGGUCACUUGUGAGUGGCCUACAAUAUCUAACAUGGAAAAUUCUUUAUCUGUAAACCAAGUAUGUCAAAUAUAAGUCCUCCUGCACAACAGUUCCAAGGAUCUUAUGAUACUUAAAGGGUACUAUUGAUAUGGUUUGCUGAUUAAGUAAGAUUUAGAAGUUCUUUACGGGUUUAGUGAUGUCGAUCGGGAAGGCUUACUAGAUGAUAAAAGAUCUUGUGGUGUGGCUUGUGUGAUUUCUGGUCCUAAUCCAUAUUAUGGAGUGCUAAGAAGCAACCAACAACAGCCAGAAGCUCAACUGAAGCUGAGUAUAUCUCGGUCACUUGCACAUGACUGCUGUGAUUAUUUGGUUUUGUCCGCUCCUUAUACAUCUUUGUUGCUGUGUCUCCAUAGUUGGCUUGUGAUGAAGGUACUGUUAUCUGUCUCUCUUCUAAUCCUGUUUUUCAUAGUAGUAUGAAUCUAUCAUUUGGAUGUUGGUUAUUAGUCUCUGUAAUCUGUAAC